AUGUUCUACACUCGCGACGCACCCCUGCUCAUGCGGCACGCCACCUCCUCACUCCUCGCCCGCCUCAGCGGGCGCGGCGGCAACAUGCUCACCUCCGGUGUCGGCCGCACCGAACGCGUACGGCACCUCGAAGAACUCGGCUCAUGUCACUCACCUCGCCCGGCACCGAGGCUCUGGCGUCGCUCGCGCUUCGCGAUCCUCACCGCCAGAUGGGCAGGCGAGAGACAGCGUGCAGCGGCUUCGCGCCGCACCGCACGUGAGGCUGAGGAUGAGGCGUGUAUGCACCUCGGACCACCCCUCAUGGUCCUCGCCGAUGGCUCUCACGAGACGCACUUGAAGCUCGCCGGUGCCAGUUCCAGCUGUGUCUUCAACGACACACACACAUCAUUCGACAGCGGCCCCUUCGAGGCCAGUCGUACGUACAGGCUCAGUAAGGGCCCAGUCGAUCACUUCCCGUUGUCCAAUCCAGCGGCGAAAGUAGGGCAUGGUCCUGCGCCAGGCGGCACGCACACUCCCGAUGGUUGCCUCUCCACGAAGCCUGUAGGAAUGAUUCGGCUCCGGAAAUCCGCUCCGGGACACUCUACGGGCGACGAGGGUCCUUACGACCUCCGGUUAAACAUGCUCCCCGAGGUAUUGGCGCAGGCCUCUCCGUGGCCCUCGGGACUAGUACCCGUCGUUCGCGCGGCGGGGAAGCCAACAUGUGCCAUCUACGUACAUUUGUACUAG